AAAAAAAAAAGGAAUCAACAGAUCCGAAACAACGCGCUUUUUUAUUGUUUUAUGAAACAAGUACCGCAUCGGCAUCGGCAUCGACAUGGAUAUAAUUUUAGCGAACGUCAACGGCCUGCAGUUCAAGGCAGAGCGGGAUCUCAUUGAGCAGGUGGGCGCCAUACCGCUGCCGUUCUAUGGCAUGGACAAAUCCAUUGCCGCCGUCUGCAAUUUUAUCACAAAGAAUGGCCAGGAGUGUGAUAAGGGAAGUGCCUGUCCGUUCCGGCAUAUACGUGGCGAUCGCACCAUCGUCUGCAAGCACUGGCUGCGCGGUCUCUGCAAGAAGGGCGACCAGUGUGAGUUUCUGCAUGAGUACGACAUGACCAAGAUGCCCGAAUGCUAUUUCUAUUCGCGUUUCAAUGCCUGCCACAACAAGGAGUGUCCGUUCCUGCACAUCGAUCCACAGAGCAAGGUGAAAGACUGUCCGUGGUAUAAACGUGGCUUCUGCCGCCACGGACCACACUGCCGUCAUCAGCAUCUGCGACGUGUGCUUUGCAUGAAUUACCUUGCCGGUUUCUGUCCGGACGGACCCAAUUGCAAGCACAUGCAUCCCCAUUUCGAGCUGCCGCCCCUGGCCGAUCUCAGCAAGGAUCAGCUCCAUAAGAAACUGCCCACGUGUCAUUAUUGCGGCGAACUGGGACACAAGGCCAACUCAUGUAAACAGUAUGUGGGCAGCCUGGAGCAUCGUAACAAUAUCAAUGCCAUGGAUCACAGUGGCGAUAAUAAUGAAGACGGUGCUCCCAAUCAUCCGCCGCCACCGUUCCAAAAGAUACCAACGCCGCUGGAGGAGAUCACCUGCUACAAAUGCGGACACAAGGGACACUACGCCAACAAGUGUCCCAAGGGACAUCUGGCCUUCCUCUCAAAUCAACAUAGUCAUAAAUAAAUUAGUGCUAAGCUUUUUGAACAUCUCCAUUGUACAAUCUAAGAAUUCAGUUAUUACAAAGUACAGAGUAUAAAUCAUAAGUUCAGUUGACGUGGCAUCCUGCCAAUUUAAAUAUUCAGUGGGUCAAGCCUUUAAAAUGACUGUUUUGGAAGACCUGGCGGCAAUACAGUUCCAACUGGAUAGAUAAAUAAACAAA